AUGAUGCAAAAACGGCCCAAAGAUAGAGUUGAAGAAUCGUCUGAAGAGGAAUACGAAAGCGAUGAUGGUGGAGUUGAUGGAGUUGAACAAGAAGAGGAAGAAGAGUUUGCAAAAAAGCGUGAUCCUACUUUCCGAAGACAAUUGAGAGCCAACAUCAUCGAUUUGAUUUCUCAAACUAGUGAAAAGGCUGAAGAAAUUUGCCAACCCGGAUCGAAAGAAAUUCUAAAUAUUCUCGGGACAGGAAACAAAUAUUCGGCUGACAUUGCACACGCACGUGAAGGUGCUCUAGAUGCUGCACUGUUUGCCCAGAGCACAAAGUAUGGCCUGGAACAAGCAACAAGAUUAAAUUUUGGAAAAGAGUGGGACCCUAUUGAAUUAAUCACAAAACUAAGUUCAAAAUAUCCAGCACAAAACCAAUCAAAUGUUAUUACAUCAAUAGAGCAAGAAUUUAUUCCGAUUGAAUUAGAUUGGCAUAAGAUUGGAGAGUCUGUUUCAAGUUUAUUUAGAAGAACGCCCACCAUCACGUUCAUGAAUGGGCCAAUAAAAGUGGAAAGAAAAGAGAAAAAGCGGAAAGAACGUCCAAAGAAAUCAAAAGAUGACAUUGUGGAAGAAAAAGAGGCAGAAGAAAUGGCAGAGACCUCAAAACAAGAUGCUACUACAAAAGAAGUUCAAAGUUUGUACAAAAAGCUCAAGAAUCAGUCAAAAAAGAGAAAAAAAGAGCACACAGAUGGCCAUUUAUCAGUAUUGGAAGUUCUUGUAGAUCCCAAUUCGUUCACCAAAACGAUCGAAAACUUUUUUUAUUUUUCAUUUCUAGUGAAGGAAGGAAGGGCUAGCUUUGAGUUGAAUCAAGAUGAACUUAAAACAUGUAUUCUACGUGACAAUGAAAUCAAUGACAAUGCUAGAAACCAGAGUGUUCUAAGUCUCAAUCUCAACAUGUAUAAUCAAUUGGUUCAACAAAGGUCAAAACUUUUACAACAACAACAGCAACAUCAAGCCAAUGGAUCUCCGAGCUCAAGUAAUACAAGAGAUGCCAGAACAGCACACGAAGAUGAGGAAGAAUGA